GAUCUAGACUAUAUUAUAAUAUAAUUAUACUAGAUCUAGAUCUAUGUAGUUAGAUUGUAUGAUUAGAGUAGAUAUACUAGAAUAUAGAAGACUCUAGAUCUCAUUUUUUACUUAUUAUUAUGCCUUGGACUUGGAUUUAUCAUUUUAUCUUUUUAAUUGCCGGCUUAGCCGUUCCCGUUCGGGCGUUGAACAUGAAUGAUCAUUGUAACUCAUUGUUAAAUGAUUGUUCAAAUUGUUGAUUAUAAAUAUUGAUUUUCAUCAGCUUCACUUCACUAAAAAAAAAAAAAUUAUAAUUGAAAAUAAAGCUGCAAGGAAAAGGUUGAUAAGCCACACUCUUGGAGAUGUCAAAUUUAAAAGUAUCGCUGCUUGCUAUCUGGUCAUAACAGCUGGUGACUGUGCAUCGCUGUCAUGGACAGGUGCACCAAGUUCAAGGUCUUCAACUGCCUGCUUCUCCUGUGUGUGGCCAACUUUCUCCUGUACCGAUACUUCAACCAGCCUGCCACCAUUCAGGCGUCAGUUACCCCAAACAGCAACAGGCUCUACAACAAUCCAAAGAACUCGAGUCUCCAAAGGAAUCAGCCGAGUCCAGAUAUAGCAAUUGUGAAGCUUCCAAGUGUACACAACUCCAGCAAUGUUUUAGAACCCCUGAUAACUAGUAAAAAUGAGAGUAACAAACCAGAGGAGGAAUCUUCUUUUGUGAGCAGCAUGACUUUACCCCUGUGUCCAUUAGUGCCUCCUAGACUCAAUGGUCCCUUAGCUACUUAUAGUGAAGCCUCUAACCUGGAAGAUAUAGCUGCUGAGAAUGCGGGUCUUCAGCGAGGUGGAAGAUUUAAACCUCCUGACUGCACUGCCAGACACAGGGUGGCCAUUAUCAUUCCAUACAGAAACAGACCAGAGCACCUCAAGAUAUUAUUAAAAAAUUUACAUCCCAUUCUAGGCAGGCAGCAGUUGGAUUAUGGGAUCUAUGUUAUUGAUCAGGCAUUGCCAGGGAAGUUCAACAGGGCCAUGUUAAUGAACAUAGGCUAUGCAGAGGCUAUGAAGCGCUAUGACUACCAGUGUGCCAUUUUUCAUGAUGUGGAUCUUAUUCCAGAAAAUGAUAGAAACAUUUACUCCUGCCCUGAGCAGCCUCGGCAUUUAUCAGCAGCUAUUGACAAAUUUAACUACAGGUUACCUUAUGAUGGGAUCUAUGGAGGUGUCAGUGCAAUCAACAAAGAACAUUUUGAAAAGAUCAAUGGCUUCUCUAACAUGUUUUUUGGCUGGGGAGGUGAGGAUGAUGACAUGGCUAGCAGGAUACGACAUGCUGGGCUGUCCAUCACCAGGUAUCCCAUGGAGAUCGCCAGAUAUCGUAUGAUAAAACACAGCAAGGAUUCUGGCAAUGAGCAAAACCCACAGAGGUUUGCCUUACUGAAGACCACCACUCAACGUAUGGCAACAGAUGGUUUAAACAGUCUUGUUUAUACAGUUCAGGGGGUGGAGGAGUUACCCACACAUCUGAGGAUAUCAGUUUACAUUAAUGAAACAUUAAUGCUUAACCAGCAGACAUAGUCUCUGAAUAUUUCAAGUUACUAAAGAGUUGGGGAGAACAAUUGUACAAAAAUGUCUGGAAAGCUUGGACUCGCACAGAAAUUGUGCUCUAGACUUUGGUCUGGUACAUUGUUGUACACAAAUUGUGCUCUAGACUUUGGUGCAGUACAAUGUUGGCCAGAUCCUGUGCUACAAAUCAAUAUCACUCAAAUUCUGUUCUAAGAUUGGACCAAAGCACAGUGAACAUGGUAUAAGAGCAUGGAAAAUGUGCUAUGCAAAAGUAAUCAUAAUGAUUAUUAUUAUAACUAUCAGUGACAUAAACUAGUUUCUUUAGAGUUGGCAUAUACAUUGAAAAUUAUUUGGAAAAACAAGAGGAACAAGUUCAAUAGAAAAAUAGAAUCUAUUUCAUGUGGAAUCUACUUGAAUGUUGACUAAAUGUGGACAUUAAUUCUAUGUGCCUGAUGCACUCUGGCAUUAUUCUAAAUGUCUCAUUCAGAAAAAUAUGAUCUCAAUAAUAUAUUUCAUUGUGGUCCAUCAGCAGCUGUAAAACAUUUGAUUUCCAUUUAAUAAAUAGACAAUGCCAGAAAAUGUAGUUGGAUGUGACUGGUACAGUUUCCCUGCAGUACCUUGUCUUGUUUCCCAAACAGACUUUAAGAAGACAUUUUGUUCUGGAAGUAAAAUUGUAUUCAAAAUGAAACAUUUGAAAGAGAAUUAAGUUCAUUUACACUUGUUGUUGUUGAUUCUAAAUGGUUCUAUUCAAUACAAAUUGCGUUGUGGAAGCUCUAUGACAGAAUUGAUGAUACGAUUUUUGCAAUGUUGUGCCUUAGAUUGACGUGUGUGUGUGUGUGUGUACACAGAGUAGUAGAGUGCUGUCAAAACCAGAACAUUAUCUCCCUUUGCCUGUUGAGAUACAUGACAUUGAUCAUUUCAAAUUGUAAACUAAUUAUUCUUGUAUAUUGUUUCUAGAGAAAUAAUGUUUAUCAAAGUUCUUAUGUUAAAAUGUCAACAUUGUUUGCACCUAGAUUGAGCUGUCCAAGUGACUGCAACUGUUACAGACUUUAUGUCAUCGUGUGCUUAUCUAUUGUAGUGUAGCUGUACUGGGUUCUACACAGUUUGUGCCUAAUACUUUAUUGUGACAUUUCUAGAGUCAAUGUCAACCUUUAGCUACUAAAACAGCUUUACAUGGCUUGACAAAAUCUUUUUUUUUUUUAA